UCUGCAUUUAGAAUUGACGGUCCUGCUGUGUUAGAGAGUUCUGGUGCUAGAGAAGUAUGGGACAGUGUUUCAAAAAUAACUAAUAAGUUUGAUAAAAAUUAUGCCGCGCAAAUGGAAACAGUUAUUAUUAUUGCAGACAACGAGUGUCUUACCGAAAUAUUUGUUAUAUUAAUGUAUAUGUUCAAUAGGACAAGAUU